CAAAGUUUAGUAACAAGUAACAACCGCUGGAAAAAUAUGGUCACUCUGAUUGAAUUUUGCAGAAGUGUGGCAUCAUGUUUAGAAGUACAAAUAUUGCACGAAUAUUUCCAAUAAAACAUUGUUUAAGUCUACGUGUUUUUCGUAAUCAGAGAUCUCUACAUACCAGAUUAUUUGGUGACAGAACUGAACGCUUCAUUCAUGGAAGUUUAACUUUCGCUGGAGUGCUGGGAGGUUUUGUAUGCUACCAACAGUACGGUGUCAAGUCAUUGAAUGAGGUGAAUUGUCAAGAUAUUCAGUCGCCUGAACAAAACGAGGGAAACAUAACGCUAUAUCAGUUUGCAAGCUGUCCAUUUUGUAAUAAAGUUCGAACAUUUCUGGAUUAUUAUGGCAUGGAAUACAAGAUUGUUGAGGUCGACCCAAUAUUUAAGAAAGAGAUCAAGUUUUCUGAAUAUAGAAAAGUUCCCAUUGUUGUGAUACAGGACAUUCAGGUAGGUCAUGUGACGUGAACUUGUUGUCCGUUCUUAGGGAGUGGUCAUUAUUUAUGGGGAGGGGGCAUUGGGAAAUGUGGAAAAUAAGGAUUGAAAACUUUUUUGACGUCCCCUCCAGACUGAAGGCAAACUUUUUGUGCCUUCCCCCUCAUAAAAGUAGAAACUUUUCUGACCCCCCCCCCAGUGUGGAUUGAAAAAUUAACAGCAAUGAAAUGUGAAAUAUACUGUAAUUUGAGAGUUGUCAAGAAAGAGUUAAUCGAUGAAAACCGAUCAUCGGAAAUUAAUCCAAUCAAUCAAUUGAUGGUAAUCGAUGUUAAUUGCUUAAUUGAUAUACACAUUGUGUAACAAACAUUGUUAUUUAUCCAACCUAGAUUAACAUUUGUCAAUUGAUGACCAACCGAUAGUCGCAAAAAGUUAUGGCCGAUUAUUAUCGAUAUUGAUCGAUUUUUGUUGAUAUUUACCUAUUUUUAUUGACAAAAACCUAUAUCCUAAACUGUCGCCGCAUGUCGGCGUGUUUGAGCUAAAUAGUAAAUCUGUUCCCAUUUUUCCAAGGCACACUCUUGCCAUCGAUUAUUCAUCAAUUUCCAGUAUCAAUCGAUUAAUAAAUAUUGAUUGGUAUUGAUUGAUAUUGAUAUACUCAUGAUCGAUUAUCAAUUUCAUCGAUUAAGUAUGCCGGGUAUUAUAUUGUUGUGGAUAUUCGUCAGACAUACUGGCCCCCAUCUAAUGUCAUGGAAUAUGUAUGUACCAAAGUCCAAUUCUUAUUGGCACCUUGGAUGUUAGCAUACCGGUAACUGCUGCCACACCAUAAUUUGGAAUUGCAAUGCUGUUGCCAUGUUCCUCAGUCCACGAAGGAGAGGCUAUCACCCCCCUGAAAAAUUCGAAAUGGCAGGCUUGCCUUAUUAGGGGCGAGUGCCUCUCCAUAACAGGUCCCCAGCAACCGGGGAGGGAGGGCUUCAGCCCCCCUAUAAUUUGUAAACUAGUGAUAAUCUGUAAAGUUUGAGAAGCAAAUAAUGACCUAAUAAUCGCCCUUGACUAAUAAGCCCCCCCCCCAAAUACAAAAUUGCUUCCUACGGUAGUGCUGAUAAGCAAAUUGGCUGGGAACAGUACAACAGCAUUGCAAUUGCAAAUCAUUGCAUGGCAGUGGUUACAGGUUUUUGGCCAAGUCAGACCUUUGUAUACAAUCUAGCUACUCCGUACAGUCUUUGGACCCAAUGUUACACACACAUACAUCAUAUUUUUUUGGGCACUAAAUUUUCCCACACCCUAACUGGCCCUUAGUUAUCCUAAGAAUUCUCGAAACACUGACAUGUUGACCUUGAAAUUCCACUCCAAGAUUUGGACCCAGAGACAGUGUCUAUAAGGCGAAAACUAUCACAAAAAGGGAAGGGGAAUGAAAAUUAUUUUGUAAUAAUUGGCGGGGGGGGGGGGUACUGAAAAAUGGGGUGCACCGGAUUUCAAAUCCGGCCGGAAUUCUGGCCGGAUUUAACGAAUUUUCCAGCAUCCGGCUUCCGGCCGGAUUUGGAGAAAAUCCAAUUUGGCAGCUUUAAAGUUUAAAAAAACACUUAUAUUAUUAUAAAAUAUGAAGUUAUUAACAAAAAGAUGUUUAAAAAAGGUUUAAACACGAUCAAAAAUCUAAACAUAAACCGUCAUUUUCAAUACUGAUUUAUCCCCAAUUGUCCCCAUUACCAGUUUAUCUCAAAUCCGGCCAGAAUUCCGGCCAGAAUUUUUGUCCAAAUCCAGUAAAUCCGGUUCCGGCCGAAUUUGAAAAUUCCAAAUCCGGUGCACCCCUACUGAAAAAGAAUGGGUUGGUUAAAAAUUGAUGGGAUGAGCAAAAAGCUUACUUUGAAGAUUACUUAGCAAGACAUAAUACUGUAUUUUGAAAGUGCCGAAAAUCAAGACUUAAUUUCUUGAUGAUUACAGAAAUGUCCUAUAAACCCGAUCUGUGAAGAAAAUGUUUUGGCGGAAUGAUUAUAUUAUCAACCCAGCGUGGGCCUGGGGACUGAGUAAUUAAAUAGCUAAAAAUGUUUAUUUAAUAUAGUUUAGUAUGGGUUUAGAAAUACUUAUAGUAUUCUGUAAAAGUUUAAAUCUUCUCUCAAAAUGCAGGAAAUGCCAUUUCAGAGAGUCAGAGACUCCAGAUUUCAAAAUUUUCCGGGGGUAUACCCCGGACCCCUUAGAGGUUUGUAAUAGUGUGGCUUGAUGCUUAUACCUGUUGAAAAAUAGUGAUGCACGAUAUGGAAAUUCACCAAUAUGGAAAUUCACCGAUAUUCUGAUCGAUAACCAAUGUUGAACGGCCAAUAUUUUGCCGAUACCGAUAUUAUAUGUGACAUCAUUUCACAAAAUUCAAAGAUGACAUCAUGACAGUCCUACUUUAAUACUUUUGAAUUUAAUUCAAUUCAUUUGUUUCUAAUACUGAAAGUAUCAAAUGAAAUGCUGCAAAUGCAUGCAACAAACUAGUAUAUUACUAUGCCAGAGACUGUUUAUUUGUAAUAAAACUGCAACAAUAACCAAACAUUAAUAUUUAAUAACAGUUUGUAAUAUCGGUAAUAUCAACCACAAAAUUACCGAUAUUUCUAUUUUAUUGCCGAUUCCGAUACACCGAUAUGGAUAUCGGUGCAUCACUAUUGAAAAACCUGUUUUAGUACCAGAGUAUCCCUCUCACAACUGUGGAGAACCGUGAAGUACGCCAAUAUUACGGUCUGGUACUUCUCUGUUUUCAGCCACGUAGGUACGCAGAACUGAGUCUUGCUGUUUGCGUACUUACUUUUUGCUGCUACCAGAUGAACUUUCCAAGCCCAAGGUAUUCAAUACCGUAAUUUACUUGGUAUAUUAAUAUCAUGUGUCUGAGAUGUCUUGGCAUGAAACAUGAUUGGACUUGAUGGUUUGUAAUAGGAUGGUUUCUCGUGAAAUUUGGAUAAAACAAGCACUCAAAAGCAUUCAAAGACCUCAAAUUUGAUACUCGCUUGUGAGUCGUGCAUGUUUCAUUCAAGUUCCACUGGAACCAUCCUAUUACCUAUACCAAAUACAAUUUGUACUCAUAAUAUUUGGAUAUACUAUGAUUUCUUUUUUAGCUUAAUGACUCGUCUCUUAUCAUUAGCAUAUUGCGAUCUUAUCUUCUCAAGCAAGAUAGUUUGGAACAGUUGCUGAAAUAUUAUCCACCAAUCACAGUUCGAGGUUCCAAUAACAAAGAAACUGUGGAGUAUGCCAAUCGUUAUGGUAUCAUGUACAAACAAGAUUUUAAUGAAAGCAAACUUAAAGAAAUAAAGUAAGGUUUUUUCAGACAACUAAUAAACCAGUUUAAUGUAGUGUCGACUGCGCACAUAGCCGAGUAUCAGCCGCAGUUUUGCCUUCCUUAAAUGCGGGCUGAUGAAAGGAAAGAGAGGGCCUGGUACAAAUAGUUGAAGGGUCUUGUAGAUGGAAAUUAUCGAGUGGAAAUUUAUAUACAUUUAUUAGACCUAACCAGGAACAGCUGCAUGCAAAAAAUGCAACUAUAAGUCCCAGGCCUUAAAAUAUCGGUCGGUCACGGACAUUGUCCGACCCAUUCGUGAAAUUGUCCGACGAAGAGAGGAAACCACCGGACAUUCUGUCCGACCAAAGUGAAACUGAGGUUUAUUGUUUGUGAAUUGGUGUCCGACCGAACUGUAGCUUUGUCCGACGUAAAUCAAAAUGUUAAAUGGAAAAUCAAAGUACUAUUGUAUAAAAGGUGAACUGGAAAUGUUGUUUUAACGUAGUCAAGCGCGAUGCUGCGAGCGAAAUGGUGAAGUGGAAAACGGGCUUAAGUUGUCGAAGUCUUUUUUAAUACUGCUGUUCUGGAAAGCAAGUUAAUUUUGGCUUGGAAAUAAGUAUGAAAGAAACAAAUUAUUUAAUAUAUUUACAACAUUUACCGUUCAGAAUUAAUACAUUGUGCUGAUAUUCAUUUGUGUCAUUCAGACUUAUUUCCGAGUCAAAACUGAACUGAAGGUCAUCGGACAUAUGUCCGAUCCAAACUCAACGUCACCGGACAUUUUGUCAGACGGCCCUGUAAAAGAUAUUUUAAGGGCUUACCUGCGGCACUGUGAUUCCGGUAUGAUAUAUUUAGUACAGUAGUUUUAAGUAUAAAGAGAUUGUUGUUGUUGUUCAAAGGGUUUGGGGCUGUCAAUUUCCCAUUUGUAAUCUAAAAUGACUGAAAAUUACACACUUCGCAAGGCUAUAUUUUCCGCAUUUUACAACAUUUCGCAACGAAACGUUGGCAUAUUACUAAUUUUGUGAUGCUCUUUCAAGCUGUGAUGAAAUUUUUGUUGAGAUCAAAAUUUAGUCUAUUACGAUGCAAGUGGUCAAUUAUAGCAGCUUCAAUUUGGCCCUUUCGUUUGUCUGAACUUUACCUGCAAUACCCAUUGCCACUAUAUUCUUUUAAAUCUCUAUGCUUGAACGCAAUAUUGUUUGGUUUAUUUGAGUAAUUUUGGCUGACGUUGGAAGACGCUCGAUCAGGCUUGACUUGAUUUAAAAUUUCCAUCCAACGUUUUCCAAUGUUGUUGGACCAUGCAAUGGGCGUUAAAUUAAAACUGUUGGAUGUUUUAUCACUUGAAUAUUUUUCUUUAGGUUGGAACGUAAAUGGCGAAAAUGGGUUGAUGAUACUUUUGUGCACACACUAUCUCCGAACAUCUACAGAACCUGGCGUGAAGCGAUGGAGGCAUCCGAAUAUUUCUCGCACGUCGGCGAUUUUUCAGCUACCCAGAAGUUUCUGGCGAAAUACAUUGGUGCUGUAUUCAUGUAUUAUAUUGGCAAGAAAAUGAAGAAAAAGUAGGUAUUGAUUGUGCUAGAAAUUACUUUCUGUUAUCCAAUUAAAAUAUAUCGCGUAAGGAACACUUAGCGAGACCUUGAUAAUUCGGGAUAUCACAAAAACCGAAUUCAGUAACUGUUUUAUUAUACAUUACUAACCUUUUCGAGUUAUGGUGCAUUUUCAUUAAUAACUCGGCAGAUAACUCGGCAGAUAACACGACUUCGGCUUCGACAAUUUUCGAUAUCACGCACAAUCUCACAUCCAAUACUUAUUAUUUCUUAUAACUUGGCACUGAUUCGGUUAUCGAACCCCGCUACCUCGGAACUUUUUUAUUUUCCUUGGCUGUUCGAGAGAGCGGUUUCUAUAUUGUACUCUGGGCUACACCAAGCGUUUCCGGUCCAGAGCGGAUACUAGAACUUAUACGGUAUGUAUAAAGAUAUCAUUUCAAAAGGAGCAAUCUAAAACGUUUAGACUAUAAUUAUAAUUGAUCAACUUUGGCGUUGCUCUCAGGCAAUAUAUUCGUUAUAUUAUUAUAUAGACGUUUAUACUCAUCUGAAGUCAAUAUGAUAUCACUGACAUGACCAGAUGUUCGUUUCAAGUCGCUCUUUUGUGUUGUAUAUAUGGACGAGCACAGUUUACGGUCAAGUGCAAUGGGCAAUUCCAGGUAUAGACUAAAUUUUGGUCUAGGCAAGAAGAACAAAAUCCAUCACCACAGCUAGAAAGAGCAUGUUAAAAUGGUAAAAUGCGGAAAAUAUAGCCCUGCGAAAUUUGCACCACAUUUGGGCCGAAAGUGGUUCAUUUUCCCCGCGCGUAAUACAAAUUAUACAAAAUUUGCAAAGUUUGUGGGGCUCUAUUUUCCGCAUUUUACAACAUUUCGCAACCAAACAAGUUGCAAUUUUACUAAUCUUAACACGCUCUUUCUAGCUGUGGUGAUGCAUUUUGUUCUUCUUGCCUAGAUCAAAAUUUAGUCUAUAGCUGGAAUUGCCCAUUGGUCUAUGACUGAUCGGUAGCAAAGUAAUUUUGGUAAUUGAUGUAGCAAACUUUACAACACUUGUCUACCUCUAUUUUCCAGGUAUGGUUUAAAAGACGAUGUACGCGAGGCCAUGUACGAUGAGGUCAAGGUAUUCUUGAAAGCGUUGGGCAAGAGAAAGUUUCUGGGCGGAAAGCAACCAAAUCUUGCAGACCUGGUAAUGCAUUAUAUAUAUUUAGAGUAUAAUAUAAAAUUGCAAUAAUUUGCCUUUGGCAGGAACCUAUAUUAUUUUACGGAGACAAUGUUUUGUUUCCUGCAUGUAUAGGCGUCUAGAGUGCUUUCAUGCAGGAUUGUAUGCUGUGCCAAGCACCGGAGAUUUUUCCCUGUAUACAAACACUAGAACAGAUACAGCUAUUAUGAAUUAUGUCCGGCAACAUUUAGGUUUUAGGGGAGGGCGAGGGAGAGAGUGGAAAAGAGCAGGUGCGAAUGAUAAAUAGCCCCUGCAGGGUCAGUCUCGCGUACCCAGAGCCACGAGAUUGCUGCAGGAUUGCACAUUUCGCGUCCAUGAGCGCGAACAAUUCUGAUUAGCUAAUCCGCAUUAUAUCGUUAUGAUAAGCCUUAGAACAGAGUAAUCACGAAGUUCUUUCUAACGCGAUGAGCAGAAUACAGUGGGCGAUUGGUCGCUGUAUUCAACUGAAACAGCACAAAACAGUUCGGAAUCUUUUAAAAGGAAAAUGUGUUUUUGCAGUAUUACCGACUGGUUAUGCCAAAAGUUUCAUUGAUCAAGCCAUAUGGCUUUCCUGCAAGCGGUAUUUAUAUUUCGACCCUCCCCUCUUCCCGCUCACUCCCGCCCUCGUAUACAGCCUCAUGUUCUUGAAUAAGACUUUGGCUGUGGGACCUUUUAUUCAAGUAUUGCUAACGACAUUAUGAUAGAUAUUACUCGCCUUUAUAAUGUACCGUCAACUCAUAGAAAUAAUAGAUAUAGAAUGCGUACUUCAUCACGAGUCUCCCCUUUUUUCAUGCGUGCCUUUUAAAUCCGCCAUGUUGAAUUUGACUAGGGGUGAGAAGUAGUAUUGUUCAUUUUCGAGAACAAUCUAUUUAGAAUGGGUGCAGUUAUAUUAUUAUAUUAUUAAAAAUGUUAUAUAUUAAGACCUAUUUUAAAUAAUCACGUCUUUUUUUCCUCAAACACUUCCCAAUUGAGGGUUUCGAUCACAAUUUCUUCUUAUUUUUUAGGCAAUGUUUGGAGUAUUACGAGGUAUCGAAGACCUAAGUACUGUGGAAGACUUGAAGAAAUAUACUGAUAUUAAACCUUGGUUUGAUAGAAUGAAACUUGCUGUGGAAACUCAUCAAGGAGCUGGUCCUAUUACUUCAUGAUCGCGUCCACGGAAAAGGAUAUUUAACAACUAAACUCUGGUGACCGAAAAUCUUGUGCAAAUUACAUCCACCCCAUGAUAGACUUUCAGUGAUGAGUUUGACUAAGAAUUAAGCUCGUUUCAGUGAUUAUAGUCCUAUAUGACCAGGUAUGACAGGUAUGCAGAACCUUGUUGGUAACAACGUAAAUCGAAAUGGACCGAUUAAUCGGCCGUUUCUUAAUGAAUGGUGAUUGACCGAUUAUCAACCCACAAUCAACUGUGCCAAUAAUAUAAUCGGCCGUGUGCCGAGUAUUUCGAAAUUUUAUAUUUCUUAAAAUAAAAUCUGUAAGAUUCUUUUUGUUUCUGUUCCUUUUCUGUACACCAUGUGCAACUGUUUUUAUUGCGAGUUGCAACCAAUACUUAGAGACACACUGCAUGUAAUCAUAUACAAUAUCUAGAGACGUGUACCAAGCUGCACUGACGAGGCGUAGAACGUCGAAACAUGCAUGCAUACAAUGCAAUACAAAAAUAAUAAUUUAAUGAACACUCCCCUAAUUAUGUACAAAACGAGAC